UCUUCGCACAUAAAAUAUAUUACCGUAUGUUACUUCAACCCGUGUGGAGAUUUUCUUGAUUGGCAUCCAGUUUGUCGCCUUCAAGUGAAGUGGUUGGUGACUGCCCCAAUUAUACUAUCAAUACUGGUUCACUUUGGGUUUGAAAUGGCAAUGAUUGUUUCGAUGCACUCCUAUCAGUCCAGCCAUCUCCAUUGGCAUACUAAUCUUUCCUUAUAGGCUCACCAAGAACGAGACCCGCAUUGUUACGCAGAUUAAGGUCGUUUUGUUAACAGAGAUAUUGGUGUACCGGCUCGCGAGCCGUUACUCCUAGUCUUCCGCUGUAAUGCCCUUUGGGACCCUCGUCGUGCUCUCUGAGGGUUUGAUUAUGGUGUCACUCUGCGUGCUUUUGUAUGUGACUAGCUCACACUCCUCAUCCCCAAGAACGAAGCGUCUCUUGAACUCGCUUAUCAUCUAUGCUGUUAACCGGUGUUUGCUGACUUUGUAAACUUAAUCCCUCUUUCGUUUCCGACCGUGACUUGAU